AUGAGCGCGUUUGAGGUAACAUGUACACCGCCUCGGAUUGUAGCAAAGAAGCCAUCCGAAUCUCGCGAACCGACGCUUGUCUUACUGGGGCCAUUUACUCCGAAGGCAACGGUGGUAUUCGAAGGCGUACCUGUAGGGAAGGUUGCUCGACGAUUGCUUAUUAUACGAAAUACAAACAAAUCGUUGGUGCAGGUUAAUUUGGUGAAGGUUCCCGAUCCUGAAUGCGGCGUCAGCUUCGAAUGGAUAACAGCAGAUGUGGAGGCAGGGAGUGAGAAAUCGCUUGAAGUUGUAUGGAGCCCGCAGCAGUUAAUAUUGGGUAAAGAAGUAGUUAUUCUUACCGACAACAUUGGUAACAAGAAGGACGUGCAGUUUAUAUUCAAAUCAAUUCAGUUGAAAUCCGUCGAUCGUAAAUCUGUCAUCAAACCGUUUGCCGUUGCCAAAAGACUGAAGCUUAAAUCACCGUCUCCACCGAAGGUUAAAUUGCAACGUAACAUUCUGCAUAAAAAGGGAAAAGCUUCUCCGGCUAAGAAAGAUUGGUCGACAGUUUUACCCACAGUUGCAAAAAGCUCCAAAAUGGGCUCCAUUACAUCAAGAGCGACGACGACGAUACUUGGCGAUUCUAAUAAUACAGACAGCAGGCUUGAGAAACACAAUUACCAAUCAGAUUAUUACACGAGUCCAAAUUAUAUAGAUAGCAAUAGGGUGAACAAGGAAAACAUAAACCCGGUCAGUCCGUCACUCGAAAAUGGUCCUCACAAAAUAAGAAAAUAUUUGACGCUACCAUCUAACAACGACAGCUAUUUUACACAUGUUGCAAAUCAGCCCACUCCGGAAAGUUAUAUUAAAUCAGUGGGACGUAAAAGUACUAUCGACAAAAAUGUGCGCAAGCAUCUCGAAAUUUCUCCCAAAAGCGACAUCAACCAUAAAGCUACGGUUGCUAACGCUAAGCUGCCGUCAAUUAUGAUUUCGACGGAUCCUGUUUAUUCAGAAAAAUUAGGCACGAAAUGUGUACAGAAUCGGCCAACUAAAGAAGAACUGGUUGCAACACCACAAGAUCGCACCAAGUUCGAUCCUGGGUGCUUUUCCACCGUCACUAAGCCUACCGCUGUUGAUCAAACGUACCUAAAGCCUUGUACAGGAAGUCCUCUGGCCAUAGAGUGUAGCCUCGUUAGGCACGAACCACAAGACGAUAAUCUUCAACGUCAUCUCAGUUUUUCACCAGGAUGUCUUCAAGACGAAGCAACAGUUCAGCAAAAAGCAAUGUUGGGAUCCUACAACAAUUUGCCAGAUAAACACGAUUUGGACGUAAACGUGAAUGUUAACAUUAACGCCAACCUAGAGGAAAAGCUGCAUACCGAGUGCGAUGCUGAACGUAUUAAUAACAAAACUCGUACGAUGGUGUAUGACUCUAGCCCUCAUCUUUCGAUCAUAGCAGAAGAGAAUGCACCUGUGCUGGGAGUCACUUUUGAACGACACGAUUGUCGCCGCAACGGUUCGGUUUUGGAUGUGGCAGAGCUGGAAGCAUCACUUCACAAGCAAAAGACUUUCAAUGUUGCGAGUGAUGAAAGUAUAAGUUCUUCGUCAACGGAACAUAUAGUUAAGAAUGCAACCAUCACAAUAAAACAAGAUAUUUCACGCUGUUCAUUGCCAAAUCUACUCGAUAAGAGUAGCAAUAACAGCGAACAGGAAGAAGAUGAAGUGGAACGAAUCUUCAAGGAGCACGAAAUUCGCGCACAGUCAAGCAGAUUCAACAUUCACGAGGUUGGACGGUUCAGCGAUGAGAUGAUUACACUCAGCGGUUGCAAACGUGGAUUUGAAUCGAUACAUGAUGGUACAGUGGAAAAACCGAAUAUGUUAGAGAAUGAAAAUUUGUCCCCGAAACGUCGAUGUCGUCUUAGUUCCAGUACAAACACGAUCUUCGCAAGUGCGCAAAUUAAGACCGAAGAAGUGAUCAACAACCAAUCUUUUCGUAAACCGAUCGGGUUCAAGCCAACUAUCACUCGUAAUACAACUCAGACAUCCAGUCGCAGCCUUAGCUUUAAACGACCCAACGUAAGUUCUGUGUUGCCAAUUAAGGGCGAAGAAAAACGUGUUUUUCUGUACGAUUCAGAUCGUCACCUAAAAACGUUGAUCAAUCCCGAUCCGUUUGCGGCGACUACAACAUGCAAUCCGUUUCUCAGUGCCACAAUGUACCUGGACGAACGUGCUUUUGAGCGGUAUGAACGGCAAAUGAAAAAGUGGCUUAAUGCAUUGGUAACCAUACCGGCCGAUUUGGAUACAGAACCGAACAAACCACUCGACGUCGGAAAACUCUUUGACGAGGUGAAAUCCAAGGAAUUAACACUCGCUCCCACCAAGGAGCUGAUAUCGUCGAAUUAUUAUAAAAAUCGGCUCAACAGUUUACGUAGUGCCGGUAUCGCCCUGUACAUGAGCGAAGAGAUAGCCCUUCCGCUCCGGAAAGUAGCUGCGCAAAUUGAAAAACAACUCCUCACACUUCGUACGGACCGCAGCCUCCAUCUUGAUCUCGUGCUGCAGCGAACGGUAUUAGAGCUGCUACUAUGCUUCAACCCGCUUUGGCUCCGGCUAGGGCUGGAGGUUGUAUUUGGGGAACAGAUUGAGCUCCAGUCGAACCGAGACAUUGUAGGUUUGAGCACGUUCAUCAUACAUCGGCUGUUCCGGGAUCGAUAUCUGGAGGCGCGCAAUUCGAAGGCCUACAAUCUGUCUAAAGCAUACGCGGAGCACAUGAAAAAGUUCACCCUCCGAAUGGUACUAUUCUUGCUGUUCUUCCUCGAUACAGCGAAACGCCGAAAGCUGAUCAAGCACAACCCAUGUCUGUUCGUACGAAACGCACCACACAAAGAAACGCGAGAAAUUUUGACGCGUUUUUCCUCCACCCUGGUAGCCGGCAUUGGUGAUAUUACUAAGCAUCUUAAACGCGUUGGUUACACGCUGUCACACAAGCAAUCAUUUCUGGACGAAUACAACUAUGCGUUUGAAAAUUUAGCCGUUGAUCUGCGAGAUGGAGUGAGGUUGACCCGUGUCAUGGAAAUCAUUCUGUUGCGGGACGAUUUGUCCUGUAGCUUGCGUGUGCCACCGAUUUCGCGGUUGCAGAAAAUACACAACAUAAAUCUUGCCCUGGGGGCGCUCGAACAGGCGGAGUAUCGCAUUGCUGGAGAUAUUACUGCGAAGGACAUUUGCGAUGGACACCGCGAGCAGACAAUGUCGCUAUUAUGGCAGAUCGUGUACAAAUUUAGGGCACCGAAGUUUAAUUCGGCCGCCACCAUCAUCCAGCGCUGGUGGCGUAUGAAUUGGCUAAAGGUAGCCAUCGCUCGUCGUAUCGCGGAAAAGCGACGACAACGAAGAGAGAACGCCGCACGCACCAUCCAGGCCGCAGUUCGAGGUUAUUGCGUACGCGUUUGGUACGAAGCAAUCCGGCAACAGAGGCUACGUGCCGUCGUAACCAUUCAGCGUUUCGUUAGGCGAUAUUUGGCGCAGAAGCAAGCUGCAAAACGCUACGGUGCAAUUGUGCACAUCCAGCAAUGGUGGAGAUCGGUACGUGAAAUGCGCUCCACGAGAGAGCGCUAUUUGCUGUGCAAGAAAUCGGUAAUCGUUCUGCAGACGUCUUACCGGAGGUAUGUUCUCGCCAAGAAACUGUUAGCGGCAGCAACCACCAUCGGUGUCAUCCGUACCGAAGCUAUGCAUCGCCAUCGGCAGGCAAUUAUUGUCCAGCGCAGCAUUAAAUCGUACGUUAUACACCGUCGUCUGCAAGGAAUUGUGCACGGUAUGCUGACCUUCAUCAGGCGUAAAAAUUUGCAAAAUCGUUCGGCUACCAAAAUCCAAGCCUACCAGCGGAUGCGAACCGCUCGCAGAGAAUUUUUGCGAAUGCGAUCGGCCGCGGUGUGCGUUCAACGCCGAUGGCGGGAAUGUCUAGAUGCAAAGCGAUCACGUGUUCGCUACUUGCAAUUGCGUAAUAGUACGAUUUGCAUACAGCAGCACUUCCGAGGGUGGGUCGAGAUGCGCCAAGAUAUGCAACGAUAUCAUCAUACUAGAAGACUGGUCAUUCAACUUCAACGACGUUGGCGUGCUACGAUAGCAAUGCGUAAUGAUCGAACAGCUCUCGAAACGCUUCGUCGCGUAACGAUCAACGUACAACGCCGGUUCCGCGCACGGAAGGCAAUGCAGCUUGAGGUGGAACGUUACCGGUUGGUUUGUCGGGCUGCUAGCGUCCUACAAAGUCGCUAUCGCGCCAAAAAAGCGAUGGUUCAACAGCGUGACAAGUUUGAUGGCUUAAGGGUCGCCACGAUAUGCAUUCAGAGAAGAUUCCGAGCGCAACGGAGUAUGCGUGAGGCUCGUGAUUCUUUUGAAAUAGUGCGUAAGGCUAUCGUAAUGAUUCAACUUCGAUAUCGAGCUAAGCUACUGAUGCGGUGCGAACGAGAUCGUUUCCUACAACUCCGCCAAAGCACCGUGAUGAUACAGUCCUGGUUCCGGGCGAUCAUUGUAGGGAGAGUAGAAAGACAACGAUAUCAGUGUAUUCGCAAUGCGGCCAUUAAUCUGCAGCAUAAAUGGCGCGCGACAUUGGAAAUGCGACGGGUGCGAGACCAGUAUUGCAGGGAACGCCACGCAGCCAUUACCAUACAACGUUCGCGGCGUAGUAUCCUUUUGAAGCGAAAAAUGCGCUACGAUUAUAUGCGUUACCGCAGCUCAGCUAUCAUCCUUCAGCAGCGCUAUCGUGCCUUGUUGAUGGGACGAUCAGUUCGUCAGGAAAUUGCCCUCUAUCGCUGUGCAGCUAUUAAGAUUCAAAGGAAACUUCGAGCAUGGUUGCAAAUGAAACAAGAGCGCCACGAUUUCCUUCGACUUCGCCAAACUGUUCUCACGGUACAGCGCCGUUUUCGUGCAAACCGUGCCUGUUUGAAGGAGCGCACCCGUUAUGCCGCUCUAAAACGCAACGCCGUGAUGCUCUCCUCCCGGUGGUACAGUACCCUAGCGAUGCGGAAGGAACGAGCUCGAUUUUUAAGGCUUAAAAAUGCCGCCAUCACAAUUCAAAGACGUUUCCGAGCACAGAAGGCAAUGCAAGUGCAAGCUCGGCAGUACGAACAUGUGCGAACCGCCAUUAUCUUCAUACAGAGGAAAUAUCGUGCCCAGCGUUCGAUGGAACGUUGUCGUGGCCGGUUCCUGAAUCUCAAAAGUGCCUCGAUUUUAAUUCAGGAGUUCUACCGUGGGUACAGACAAAUGAAACACGAAAGGGCCAUUUUCGUACGGCUGCAAGAAACGGUUAUUUCUGUUCAACGACGUUUUCGCGCAAACCGAUCGAUGCGUCAGGCAGUUUUUGAUUAUAAACGGAAGAAAACGGCUGCCAUGGUGUUGCAGCGCUGGUUCCGUGGUCACCGUACGAUGGUUGCAGAACGGGAUCGUUACCAUAGGCUCAAGAGUGCAGCGUUGGUUGUUCAAGCACGCUAUCGAGCACGUCGCAUGAUGCUUCACGAGAAGCAGCAAUAUGAUCGAAUAUAUCGCUCAGUCUGCACAAUUCAAAUUCGUUGGAAGGCAACAAUUGUCAUGUUCCGGGAACGGGCCGUGUAUCAACGGAUGAUAUGUGCCGCCAAAAGGAUACAGAUGUUCUACCGUGCCUAUCGUGAGCGACUUGUUGACGAAUCGAAUUAUCGUAUUUACCGAAGUGCAGUGAUUAUAGUCCAGCGACGUUAUCGAGAAAAAUUGAGAACACGUUAUGAGCGGAGACAAUUCAUUCAGAUUUGCAGAACCGUGCGAGGUCUACAAGCGUAUGGCCGCGGUACACUGGCUCGCCGCGCAUUUCAGGCUAUGCUGACGCCGGAAUAUUUGGAGAAGAAAAGACGUGAAAAAGCGAUUCUUCGACUGCAGGCUUGGUGGCGUGGAGUUUCUCAUCGCAAACGCUUCCAGACAGCUGCAAUGCGCAACAUUUCCCAAAAGAUGGUUGCUAGCCGUCGUGAGGCCAAACGUGAUCCAACGAACAGGGUCAGUAACGCGAGCCGCCUUUGCAUGCGUUUUUUGAAGACGCGUUUCAGCUCUUCGGAAGCGAUUGGCAUCUUGCAGAGACUUGAGCGGAUGUCUCGGCUGGUACCGCAUCUGCUCGUUGACGAAGCCGUCUUCCUGUCCGUGUUCUGUUACAACACGAUGGCACUGGCUAUACGGUCAGAGGUGGAUAAAAUCUUGAUUGAAAUUUGCGCCCGGAUUAUACUGAAUUUGGCACGCUUCCCAGGCACCAAGGAACAAGCGUUUCAGGAAAAUGGCCUUGUGACGGUGUCUCAGAUGUUGCUACGUUGGUGCGAUAAAAAUUGUGGUAUCUUCAGCACGCUGUGUACAUUGUUAUGGGUUUUGGCACACGACUUCAAGAAGAAAAAUGCAAUACGUCGCUACAUGAUUUCGAAGGAUGCCAUAUUUAUGCUACGUGAAACAAAAAAAUUAGUGCAACGGAAAGAGAAGAUGCGCAAAAACGUCCAACGCCCGGUAGGUUGUUUAGUGGCACCGAAUCCACAGCUGAUGUGUACUGUUCCGUCUUUGGAACCGGACUUUGGUGUCAACCGCAGCAAACCGUACGUUUUUUAUUCAUCGGUUUUUGGUUUCGAACAAGUACUGCAAAUAUUGGAAGUGGAUCUUUCUUAA